GUCUACUCUUUGCAGCAAAACUGAAACUUGCUGUCGUGAUCUGAAAAAUGGAGAAGUAGGUCUCUUUUUCACGCAGUUCUGUUCUGUUUUAAUCAGUAAAUCUACAUCUAAACAUAUGUCCACUACCUCCCCCUCCUCCUCGUCCCUGCUUUUGAAUAAGCACGCCUUUAUUGCGGCGCGGAAGAAUUACGAGGAAAACGUCAGACGCCGGAAACACGAAUGGGACCAACGACAGUCGCUUUCCCAGGUCGCGCCCUACGACCCAACGGGCGUUUGGGCAAGGAUGGUGGAAAAAAACGGGCUGGAACGGGGCGACGCUCUGCUGGACGACUGUGGGCUCGAAGUUCUGUCCCGCCGUUCGAGCGCUUGCUGCAUCACACCCGGCCGGAUCGCGGAGAGUCUACGACGGCCGUCUAGUUGUCGUGUGGAGGACCAGAAUAUUUUUGACCGGAGAUCCACUUUGAAUUCCUUACCCGAGGAAAAUAACGUCGAGAACGAACAAAUAAAUCCUCAUGACGAGUUGUCACAGCGGGAAGACCAACAGAUCGCGAUGACCGCCGCGGCGUCGCGGACAAGCAGCUACGAGCCGUACACGCGAACAAAAAUCCUGUCCCCAGAUAUCCUGAGGAAAAAGGUCCCCGCCCAUCCCCAUAGUCAAGAAGGGAAAUCUGCUAGACAAAUCAACAAGCUUAGGCUGAUGUUGCGCAUGACAAGCUUGGCCUCGUGGGGUAGUUGUCCGGUUUUGCUCGUUCAGCAGCAUCACAAAUGUAGCCUAUCGUGCUGAUUGAUGGAGCAUUACAAAUUUCAAAACACGACUAUCACAGGGGUAAAUGAAUCACCUUACAAAUGAAUCACCAUACGGAAAAAAAAAACUUUCCAAGUACCGCAGUGCAUGGCCCGGCUCGCACGCAUAAGGAAGCGCCCAAUAUAUACAACCAAAUAACCUGAGACACAGCGACGCUCCUCAGGAAGGUCGCGCCUUUCUCGAUAAGGUUUGCGCUAUUUGGUUGGUGGCUACGGGGGACGAACGCAAUGGCCAUGAGUGGACGCUGGGGCCAUCGCGCCUGAAUAGCUUGCAAACAACUCGGGGGAAGCAUUCGCAACCCAAAAUACCAAGCACAAGCCCAUUGCUAAAGAUAGGAAAAGCGACACCAUAAAAAUGAAGUGAUUACACCUCCAUACCGUCGGGCGUAGCGUCCCGAGGGUGUCGGAUUUUCUGAAAAAAGCUCAACUUUUGCCAAAAAUUCAUCUUUUUCGAAGCAAAAAAAGAGGUGUAAUCACCUUGCGUUUUGUAGCUAUCAAUUAGCCCUAUGAUUCAUUUGACUCCUCCCGCUUCGAAUCUGCUUGAAUCACCCCUGCAAAAAGCCGCGAUUUUUGGCAUCAAAUUGAUGCCCGAAACACGUCUUUUUCGCGUCAAAUCACCCUAGCAGAUAUCAAGUGGGUUUGGCUUUUUUUCGUCUGAAACAGGCUGCUCAUCUCAAGUGAUUACACCUCCACUGUUCCACUUCUGCCACUUGGUAACAGUAGAGUAGGGCAAAAGUAAGAAUAGUGCGCCAGUAGCACCAUGCGGGGUAGCAUUAUGCACCACGGUAUGAUGCUUUGGGGCUGGUCUUGGGGUAUCUUCUAUGGCAUCUUCUGCGCACUACAUCUCGCAGCCUUCUCCUUACCAAAAUGCGACGCCUGGGGCUUUUGGUCGUAGCCUUCUCAAGCAUUCGCCCACUGCAAUCUACCGACCAGCUGUGUCUGGCGCGGGGAAAAAAGCUGCAGGCGCUACGGAAGUUGGGGACGCUCCGAAUUUUUUUUUUUUCGACCCUAUGAUUCUUUUGAAAGUGAUUCACUUGCUCCUUUGAUAACGACUAGGAAAUGCCUCGCAUGGGGCUCCGCAUGACGAGAAACAUUUUGAGCAAGCAGAUUUGUAUCACAGCUACGGGGUGGGAACGUUUUUACACGGGAUACCAGACGGAAACAGUUCUUCGGGCGAGAAUACCAGCUCGGACGACGAAGAGCACGGAGAAACACGGGUGGGCGGUGGCUACGCCGCGCAAACGAAGUUUCCGAACAAACUCGUAGGUGGUGGCACCACUUCAGGCCCUCCAGCUUACCACUUCGCAAAUUAUCACGACAGAAAUAAUGUUCAUGGCGGCGAGGUGGUCCUAAUACGGGACGAGCUGCAAACGAACGUUGGUGUAGUCGAGCAAGGAACUAAUGGAAUCAACCUCGAAAACAACCACACAACAGCUGCUGCUGUCAACGACAUCAACAAUCCACCUCUACAUCCUGUCAUCGUACCAGCCGAUCAGUUUCGCAACGAGGCGAACUACGGUAAUCACAUCCAGUCGCGACGCAGCUCAGCCAGCAGCCGUAGUCGCGCGGGCAGUUCCGGUGGGUCCCGGAGUCCGCAGAACUCGAGCUCGUGUCAGGGCGGGGGGCGGAAGUCAGCCGUGAAUUCGCCCAAGACCAUCCCCUACGACUGGCGGGGAAGCAAGAACAGAAGCUCGGUAAAUACAGGGAAAAGAGCUGGGGAUCGUGUAGUUGCAGAAAAUGACGCGGGGGCCGAUCUUUGGAACAACACCGCCACAGCAACGGGUGGACCAGGGAGAACGGCGCACGUCCGCGGCAGUCCAGUGACCAAGUUGCACGAGGAGCACAUUUUUGCGAGAAUGAAUCGAACUCGAAGUGGAGAAAAUAAAGAUGCAACUACCGGAACAACGAGCGAGCAUCAAGAGGGAAAUACGAUGAAAAACGCACCAUCUUCUGCUUCAAGCUGUCCCGCCGGCGCAGGCGGAAGCAAUUGUUCCCCUCCACCCGACUUUCUUUCCGAGUCUCAGCUCCCCGAGCCACCUUGGGUGGACUUCGCGAAAGUGAAGCUCGGGCAGCAGCUGUGGCUGAAGCACCUCGCGGCGUGGGCGAUCGGCCUCGGCCCGGCGUUACUGGUUGGGUUCUGCAUCGGGCGGUUCGCGGAAGUUCUGUAUCACACGGGGUACGCCCAGUCUCCGGAGACGGCUCUGAAGCGGUACCAGGAUUAUGAACUGCAAAAGUAAUGUCGUGCUCGUAGCUAGUAUUGCAACACAAAUUUUUAGCUCAGCAUGACAAACGGAAUUUGUGAUGCUGAUUUAGCUUGAAUUUGAAAAUGUAGCUGUAUAUGUCGGACAGUUACUUAGCUGUAUAUGUCGGACAGUUACUCGCAGGCCAUAAGAGGCGAGCAAAGGGUUGAGUUUGAAAAUGAAACUUGUCUCGCUGAAAUCAGUACGAGUGCGAUCAUGUUUUUGCACAGGAUAAUGAUACCGGCUGGGCCAUCGUGGACUGGUUCCGGUUCGAUCUCCAGGACAAAUUCUCGACCAGUCGGCGGAGCAUUUACGCGGUGAGACACAUGCACGCCUUGGCCCGGGCGAGAAUCAAGAGAAUCGCGAGAUUGAAGCAGAAUGCGAAAAAGGUCGUGAAGAUGGAUCGUUUGGAGAAGCAGGACCAGCAUGUUGGGGUGGAUUCUCAUACAACAGUAGGAAUAAAAGGUGCUGAUCCUGCUGCAGCAGCCACCUCGUCUUCACAUGAUCAAAUUGAAAAUCCCCCGUUCUCCGCGGAUUUUCAGCCUCUUUCCCAGUUUGACCUGUCCCAGGUGCUACUCGCCUUUUCCGGAAUCAUCCUGAUCAUCAUGUUUCUCGAGGCGGAAUUGCCGAAGAUCACCGAUAAGGAACUAGACGCGAUGGUCCACUGCAUGCGGUUCAUCGGCUACCACCUCGGGAUCGAAGACGAAUUCAACUGCUGCGAGUCGCUUUCGACGCUGGAAAACGCCACCACCGAGUUCGUCGCCUGGGCCCCGCACCUGUUCCGCACGCAGCGGGCCUGCUCCUUUGAGCUGCGGAGGACAGCGAUGGAGGGGUUCAGCUUCAAGGUCGGUCUCGGGAACGCCUUUUUCCAUGCGGCGCUCUUUCAUUCCUUGUACAACAGCGAAAUAUUCGGUCCGUUUGACUUCGACCCAAAGUGCCCGAACGACCAGCGGAUCUUCAACCUCUGCUUCCGCAACCCGAACGAGAAAACCCGGUACCGGUGGGGGGAUUGCUAUACGGUGGAGAAGCCCCACCGAACCGCGCGCAAGGAGAUAAUCGGGGAGCUGCUGAAAGUGGUGUCACAGCAGCGGGAAACGAAGUCCCAGUUUUUUCACAUCGUCGAUCAGCAUUACGGGAGGAACAAGAAAAACUUUCUGCUUUUCCUUCCCCCGACGACGGUAGAGGCGAUCACGCUGCGCAUCACGAAGUUUUCUUCUCUUCUCAUGGACUACGACUACGUUUUCUGGGAGUUUUUGCCCUACACAACGUUGCACUGGAUCUCGUUUUUUUUGAACGCGAGAAAUAAAGUGCUUAGCUGGGGCGGGCAUGGUCACCGUGCGGAUGGCGUUGAUGACGACGUGGCUACGGAAGGGCAACACACUUCUCACAAAGUGGGUUCAGUAGAGAAGAGAAUGGUGGAAAGAAAUAGUGAAUCAGCAAUGAGCAACAAACCAAGUUUCUUGCUAGGAAAAACUUUCAUGUACAGUAGUUGUGUAGCGCUUGUGGGUGUCGGUGGAGCAGUGUUGCUGCUUUCACAGGUUGAGCAGCGUGCGCGGUUAUUGAAAAUCAUAGAAGAAACAAAAAUGUUUCGAGGAUUUCGAAUUAAUUUGUCGAAAUGAGAAUAAGAUAUAAGAGUAAGACAU